ACGGUGACUGCCUCGCUCUGUGCUCGUGGGGAGUAACACUGGACCAGUUAGACGCAGCUUCGUGAGAAUGGCAUAUGUUUCUGUUUUUCUUUCGUUGUGUUUGUUCUUAUCAUCGGUACGCCAUACAUUCGGGGCAGAAGUCUCCUUGUGGAAUGUCCAAAUCGACGUUAAUUCACCCAAGGAUGCCAUUUUUCGUAAGACUUUGUAUUGCAACACUACCAUCUUCAUGAAAUUUGAGGGAGAUUUGGCAGCAUGUGACCAGAAAAAAUUGGCCUUUAAUGUUAGUUGGUAUCUUCGCUCAUCUAUCUGUUACAAUGAAGUAUUCAGCACCACUGACAGUGCAGCAGAGGCCAUUUUUGGUUGGGAUCACAGGCUAAAGGAGGACUGGAGUGGCUUCUAUAGCCAAGGCUACAUCUACUUCGACAGCUGUUCAGCUCUCUUCACCCCUAAGAUUUACUAUAAAGAAUUUCAACCAUUUCUGCCUCUCAUGCCCCAAGAGGGCAAGAGUAUAAACCAAACCAGCCAUGUAUUGGAAGAUAAACCGUAUAUUAAUGCGGUUGCCAAGUCAUGGUCAGACAGUCCCUACAUGUUUAUUGUGAGGUUCCAACCACAGCAACAUCCAGAAGCCAGUAGAGGGCGCAGAGAGACAGGGGAUGGGGAUGCAACCAGCAAUUCAAAGGACCCGUUGUCAAUUACAAUGACAGUAGAAAUGAAGGGUUCUCAUGAUUACACCUCACCUGCUGACUGGCCUCUAAUGAUGUUCUUCAUGAUUAUGUGCAUCGUGUAUGUGCUGUUCGGAGCUCUGUGGCUCUUCUGGCUAGCCUGUUAUUGGCGCGAUCUGCUAAGGAUCCAGUUUUGGAUCGGCGCUGUAAUCGUCCUGGGCAUGCUAGAGAAGGCGGUGUUUUACUCUGAGUACCAAAGCAUCAGAUACCACGGAGCUUACAACCAAAGUGCUGUUAUCUUUGCUGAACUGCUGUCUGCGGUGAAAAGAUCUCUAGCUCGGAUCCUCUUGAUCAUAGUCAGUCUGGGUUAUGGCAUCGUGAAACCCAGGCUAGGGACUACAGUACCCAGGCUGGUGGCUGUAGGGCUGCUUUAUCUCAUCUUCUCCUCAGUGGAGGGUGUCCUCAGGGUUACAGGGGGUUUCUAUGGCACAGUGGCUUUUAUUGCCAAUCUCAGUCUCUCUCUUACCGAUUCCUGUGUCAUAUGGUGGGUGUUCAUGAGUCUGUCUCAAACGACCCGGCUCCUGAAGCUUCGCAGAAAUGUGGUGAAGCUCUCAUUAUACCAGCACUUCACCAACACACUCAUCUUCUCUGUGCUGGCAUCGAUCAUAUUCAUCAUAUGGACAAGCAGACAGUUCAAGUUUGUGGACUGUCAAUCAGGCUGGAGAGACCUGUGGGUGGAUGAUGCUUUCUGGAGGCUGCUCUUCUCCACCAUCCUGCUGGUCAUCAUGGUGCUGCUACGACCCUCUGUAAAUAGUCAAAGAUUUUCUCAUUCUCCACUUAUUGAUGAUGAUAAUGAUGAUGAAGAUGCAAAGGAGCCUAUGAUAAAUGAAGCCUUUGAGGGAGUGAAAAUGAGAGGAGCAAAGUCUGAGGCAAACUCCAGUCAGAAACUCUUCAGCAAAGAGAGUUCCAUAGAUGAAGACCUGAAAUGGGUGGAAGAGAACAUUCCUACAACUAUUGAUGAUGUUGCUUUGCCUAUGAUGUUGGAUGAUGAAGAGGAACUUCUCAAAACCAAGAUGGAGAGGUCCAAGAUGGAAUAGGACAAUGGCAAAAGAAGCAUCAUUGUUAUUUCAUCAGUGUAGCUAAGGAUUUUCUCAAUAAUACAAAAUGUGAUUUAGUUAAGGCCCAUGACUGGAAGCAAAUAUUUAUAUUUUAUUUAUAUGAGUGCAAAAGUGGAAGUGGGUCUUGAGCCAGCUGGAGAACUUCAAAUAAAGGUUCUGGAAAUUGAAAUUCUUAAUUUGUAAUUUUGGCAUUCGGAUAUUGGCAUUCAAGUUCUACAUGCCACUUAUUUAAAGAAGGCAUUGCAGCUAUUCUUUAGACAUGCACUGCGUUAAUUGGGUAAGUCUACGAGUGCUACAAUUAUGUAGGCUGCUGUUAAUAACUGUAGAACCCACUGAUAUGAAACUGUCCUCAUACUGAAAUAUUUUGCUCCUCUUUCUCUCAUAUUUUACAUCACACUCAGGCUCAAACUUAAGUAAGUGAAUUAUUAUAUAUAUAUAUAUAUAUAUAUGUGUGUGUGUGUGUGUGUGUGUGUAUGUGUGUGUGUAUAUAUAUAUAUAUAUAUAUGAAAGUAUGAAAUCUUAAUGAAGAUACUGCUGUUAUUUACAACAAAUGUCUAUAAAUGACUACAAAUUAUGCUACAAAAGUUUAAAACAUGUACAAUUAUUUUCAUAUUAACUCACUAGAGAUAUGUUUCAUACACAUGCAGGAAUAACACAGAGAUCAUGAAAAUAACAUAACAAUUUAAAGACCCCUCAGCUAAGAAGACAUGGUAGCAAUACAUUCUGCUUACAUGUUCAUGUAUGAGUUUAAAUCUUUGGCCAAAAUUGCACAACAUGCUCACAAAUUGCCUUCCUUGUUUAGCCACAAUUCAGGUAAUUUGAAAUAAGAAUUGAUUAUGCCUAUUAAUUUUGCAUAAAAAGCUUAUGUAUAGAUAUUUUUUACACAACAGAAGAACGUUAUUUUGUGCUUAAAGUAUUUAUCGAUAUGAACCUUUUUAUAUUUGUAUUGCCUUAGCUGCAAACAGGUGACAAAUGUAAGGAAAACCCAAUAUAAGCUGUCGUUAAGCUGUUUACUGACAGUCUGAACAUAUCCUCCACUGACAUUCUCAGUCACCUAAAGAACAACUGAAACCCUAUUUACUGAUGUCUUUUACAUAGAUCUAAAUGCAGAUGUCACUGACUGAAACUUCUGCAUCCUGUACUCCAAUAAUGCAACCUCUUGCCAAGUCACUUAGAUCUUUUUAUCUUGCCAAAUUGAUCACGUUUAUACAUGCCACAGAGUACAGUACUACAGUUACUACAGUUUUUCCUUUAGUUUGUCACCCUUCUGUAGGUUUCCUUUUACUUUCAAGUGUCAUGGUGUGAUUGAGUUAUUGAAUGAUAUUAAAUGAUCAUCUUUUGC